AUGAAAAUAAAACUCGGCAUGCACCAAAAUGAUUCGUCAAAAUGGGUAAAUUUGGGAGAGCCCCAAUUUAGUGUGCGGCGAGCCAGGGAAGUGACCGAAAUGGUCACCAAAAUGAAAAGCGUCCUUUCGAAAACGCGUUCCCAUAAACAAGAAAAUGAAAAUAAGAAGGAGUGUAGUGCAUUCAGAGCAACUAGCCAGGCAGGCAGUCUUAGCUACCCACCAUUCGGGUGUUCCAAAGAAGACCUUUCCGGAGAACUCACCAUGGAUGAAAUAAAUAAGCUAAUCAGCUCGUGCAUUUUUUUUGUAAGUAGAAAAAAAGCGUACAUAAUAUUUUACCAUUAUAGUAAUUAUCUAAAGAGGAUGUUUCGCGACAUGGUUAGUAAAUUAUCGAAGUGA